GCUUGCUAUCGUCUCGCCUCGCUAGUGAGUGAAACACACAAGGAAGUGGAGAGAAGCGGAAGUAGAAUCAUCACCAACAACAACACGGAAAAGCACAGAGACGCUCUAAUCUCAGCAGCACCGUAGAAAUGAACAAUAAAGGACAGUACCCUUCAGCCCCAGCCUAUCCAACCCAGACUCCCAAUCCACAGUCUGUCUAUCCACCAGCCAUGCAUCUUUCACCAGCUCCUCCCUACACAGAUGCUCCUCCUGCCUAUUCUGAGCUUUAUCGCCAGGGGUAUGUUCACCAACCUGCUCCUAAUAUGCAAUCUCUCUCAUCCUACCCUGGAGCCUCUAUGUAUGUGCAAAUGCCUCAGACAAUGCAACAAAUGGGUUCCUCAGUGCCCAUGGCUUACUACCCUAUUGGACCUGUGUAUCCUCCUGGCUCUACAGUCAUUGUGGAUGGAGGGUAUGAUGCAGGUGCAAGGUUCGGUCCUGGGAAUAGUGGAUCUGUGCCGCCACCACCUCCUGGCUGCCCUCCAAAUGCAGCCCAGCUGGCAGCCAUGCAAGGUGCCAAUGUUGUGGUUACACAGAGAAAAGGCAAUUACUUCAUGGGUGGCUCGGACGGAGGUUACACCAUGUGGUGAGAAGGAUUCUGAGGCACGGAAGGGGGGAAUACAGAAGCAAAAAAAAAUUCAAAAUAAAG